GGAGCAAGAAGAGAAGGAGGCGGCUCCCUUUCCUGCCUCACUCCUCGCCGGAGCCAGGCUGCGAAGACGGCCCUCCUCCUCCUCCUCCUCCUUCAGAGACCGGCGGGGAGGGAAGGAAAGGAAAGGAAGGAGGCGGUUUUGAGGAGGUUUCCCUCUCCAAAAAAGCAAGCGGAGGAAACGUGGCACCCAUUUCUCUCUCUCUCUCUCUGGAGCUUCUUUCCUCCAAAGUGGGGAUUUGGUGCUACUCUGCCAGUGGCCAGGAAGGAGCCGCGCUUGGUAUAUCCUGUAUUCCUGAAGAAGUGCCCACAUUUUCCAGGAAAGAAAUACAGUGAUUUACAAAACAGGGCCUGCUCCUCAAAGGACGGAUGAAAAGCCUUCAUUUUGCCUUCAUGUUGCUGUAUGUGAUGUCAAACCAGUAGGCAGUCUCAAUGGAGCCUCCCACACACUGCUGGAACGUCAUGUGCCAGUAUGAAUAUUAACACAGCCACACACACUUCAGCACUCUGCAACCAAAGAAGAGAAAAAGAGAAACUAAAUGUUUGGAAUCAGUGAGUGGACUGCUUGCAAAACUUUGCCUGUCUAACAUCUACUAAGAAUACCUGCCAUUUCUGGAGAAGAGUGGAACAGAAACAGGAUCUUCCUUUUCCUCUAACUUGAGAAAAGGAGAGUGAAUUUUCCAAUUCUUUUUUACCUUGGAUUUCAAGCUCUCCGUUGCCGUGGCCGCGAUCGCUGGACAGCAAUAUGUGUCAUGUCAUUGUCACCUGCCGUUCAAUGCUGUGGACACUCCUGAGUAUUGUUGUAGCUUUUGCCGAGCUCAUAGCUUUCAUGAGCGCUGAUUGGCUGAUUGGCAAAGCUAAACCUGGACGUCCUGAGGACUUGAAUGACUGGACAGGGGAACCAUAUCGUCCCACCCUAGGGAUCUAUGGACGGUGCACCAGAAUCCCGCACAUGCAGUCUUCCCUUCCUGAUACGCUUUGUGGCCCCUAUGCUGAGAACUUCAGUGAGAUCGCCAGUGGGUUCUGGCAAGCAACUGCUAUUUUCCUUGCCAUGGGGAUUAUGAUACUCUGUGCUGUUGCAUUUGUAUCAGUCUUCACUAUGUGUGUACAGAGUAUUAUGAAGAAAAGUAUUUUUAAUGUCUGUGGAUUGCUACAAGGGAUUGCAGGUCUCUUCCUUAUCCUAGGCUUGAUCCUAUACCCUGCAGGUUGGGGUUGUCAGAAGGCAACAAGCUAUUGUGGACCUUACGCUUCAGCUUAUAAACUUGGUGACUGUUCUCUUGGCUGGGCUUUCUACACUGCCAUCGGGGGCACAGUCCUGACCUUUAUCUGUGCCGUCUUCUCUGCUCAGGCUGAAAUUGCCACCUCCAGUGACAAAGUGCAAGAGGAAAUUGAAGAGGGGAAAAGCCUUAUCUGCCUCCUUUAAUGAUCCAAGAAAAAAACAUUUGCAUCUCUCAGAAGAACUGGUUUCAAAAUGGACUAAUAGCUGGACUCCGGUAGGCAGCAGGGGAGACACAUGUCUCCUGGAAAGUCAAGCCUUAUAGUGUCACUUUAUAGGCAAAAUAAGAAGAAAAUGUUAACUGGUGGGAAUUCUGGUAGUGGGUACAUUAACAUAAUGCUACUUAGCACCCCGGUUGGCUUCAGGUUUCUAUGAAUGAUUUCAAACAACUGUGGAAAUUAUUGACUUUGUGUUCAUCACUAUGAAGGACUGUGAAGGAAUUCUUUGAAGGAUAGUGUUUAAAAUAAAUACGUCUCCAGUAUUUACAGAAAAAGAUAGUGUAAUCACGCUUCAGUGUUAAGGGUUUUAGGCACCAUCCUCCAGAGCAGAAUUCAUUUUAACGAAAAAGCACGUUGCAUGCAAUAACAAAUUGGAAGAAUGCCUAGGAAACGAGCAAGAAUUCCAGCUGAAGUUAGCAGGACGGUUUUUCAAGCAAUACUUUUAAGGAAUAUGUGAGACAUAAAAGUUACAGCCUAAAUGUGUAGGAGGCAGGAGCAGCCAGAAUAGGCCUUCUAGCACAGGCGAAUUGCAGGUGGUAUUAUUGAUUUCUCUGUAUAAAUGUCGAUGGGUAAAGGAGGUCUUAGUGCCUAGUAUAUAUCACACCAAAUGUGUGCCUAUAAGACAAGAUGUUGGCCCUACAAUUUCAGGAACAUUAGCAAGCUCAGUACUGCCAACUGUCUGUACUCAUCUUUUGGAGUCCAAAAUGUCAUAAGAUUAUCUUACUAGAAAUCUGUGCCUGAAGAAGCCACAGUACUACCUAAUGGUGUUUCUUUUGAAAUUUCUUUUUAUGUUGUAAUGCACCCUAAUGGAGCGGCAGAUGAAUUUAGUAGUUAGUGGUUUCCCACAAGUGAUCUUCUUUCAUUAGUUAUGUUAAUAUGUUCAGUGAUUUCCCAUGCUUUUUUGAAAAUACAUUUGAAGGGAUGACUAAUAUCUUGAUGUUCAGUUGUUAGAUUACUCUUAUUAACACUGAUACAAUGCAUCAAUAUAUGUCUUCUUUAGGCAUUUUCAAAAUCCUCCAAUGUGACUCCAUGGUCAGCUUCCACUGAAAGUGUUUGCUAUUUGUUAUUUUAAGUUAACUGUGGUAAGUCUGGGAACGUAUCCACUCUGGAUACGAGGGUCAUGCUUACUUUAUAUUAUACCUUCCAACAAACGAAGGACACAGUAGUUGGGGGUCUUCUAGACUAAAAUGCUAUAUUAAACCACUAAUGAUAACCACUUAUUUCUACUAUAUUUUCUAAAAGGAAAAAAAGAAACUUUGGGUGAAAAGGAAUGUAAUUUGGAAUCUACCCUUUAACUCAGGAUUGUAGUACAUGGUUGCUGCUGCUUUAACCACUGCUACAUGAACUCCAAUAAGGCACCUGUGAAAUUAACAAGUUGAAAUUAAAGACAUAUACAUUUUGUAUGAUGUUAUCAGUGCUGUUCUGUUGAACGCCAGAAGUGUUGAGGGUACAGAGUCAGUUCACAAAAGCUAGGCUGCCUCUCAUACUUUGUGACCAAAGUAUGAGAAAGUCCCUGCGACAUAGAGGCUUCCAAGACUUCACAGAGAGUAUAAAGUGUCACUUUUUAAAGGGGGGAUCAUACCACUAUAAUAAUAUAGUUUAAUACACCAAAUGUUAAACCCAGCUAUCUUUAAAUUCCAUAUUUACCAGCUCCUCCUACAAUAUCCCUAAAACAUAUUCCCCCCGUCCCCCAGACACCUGACGAAAACCUUCCAAAAAAGAAGACUGAUGGUGACCAAAGACAAAUGCUGCCUCCUAUUCUAAACAAAAACUUUCCAGGGUGACAAAACAUGGCUAUUGGGAUCAUUCAGCAGGUCCAAGCUGGAUACUGUACUGGGAGGCUGCAGUACAAAGUCCUAAUCAAACCACCCAUCGUAUACAUUUAUGGUUGUGCUCUCAUUGCUAAUAAUGAAACAAACCCACCUGGUUGAAACAUUUUACCAUGGAAGUUAGAAUAACCAGUAGGAGUUAGAUGUUUACAUCAAGCGCUGCCUUAAAUCAUCACAGGGUGUGAUUUUUACCACAUAUCGCAAAGGGAAGUGCUAGUCUGAAAAUGCCUCCUGUAAAUAUUGCUCUUUAGAUCCAGAUGUGUAAGCAUCCUCAGCAUAGCUGUGCACCAAAUGACACUUUUAAAAAAAUGCAAAGUUAUUGUUUUUAAACUUCUCUCUCAAAGUGACAUAGAAUGGUUUUUACUCAAUUAAAAGCAAGUGCAUAAAUCAGCCCUGAGAGAGACAGAGCAGUUGAAGGAGGUAGCUUUUAUGGAACAGACUAGUACAGGAUGCUCUUGAAAAACACUUGCCUAAAAAGAACUUGAUUCAAUAAACCACUAGUUUUUUGUAUUCAGUCUCCUACAUUUCAAAGUUUCCUUUCUGUCAGCGUUCCAAAUAUGAAUAUAUCAACUUACUGAAAUGCUAAUUUGUUGUGUUAAUUAAUGAAUUGAUUAAAUAAAAAAAUUAAAAAAACAGGUGGGGAGGCAUCUAUUAACAGAUUUUUAAGUAUCGUGUUCAGGGAGGUGGGAAGUAAGCUUCUACCUUAUUUUUUCUACAUUAUUUUCUUUGCAUCCAUUCCAUGGAUAUUUAGAUUUUGUGUAUGUUGUUUUUCUCUUGAACAGGCUUGAAAAAUAUUGUGGACCAAAAAAGCAUGGUAACUUAGAAAGCACACAUAUGAUGCAAAUUAAGCCUAGCUAAAUCUUAGCAUAUAAGUGAGAGAGAUAAACAUGUACUUUUGCUCCUUUCUAAGAGACUGUCUUACCCUGUUUGCAUUAAUCACCACAACCUAAAACAAUUGCUUGUUACAGUCUAAUAUGGCUUAGCUAUACACCUGUUUUUCUUUAAGUGCCUCUAAGAUCAAAAAGCUGCUGGAAAGGAAGGUACAGUAUAUAGCCUCUUUACUACUGUAAAGGGUAUUAAGGGACAAGGCUUUCCUCUGUUCUGAAGCUUUCCUGGAACCCAGAGGCACAGUCCCACAUAAAGGAUUUUACAUACAGGAUUUAUAAUUUAAUAGAACUCUGUUGAUACAAUUAGGACCUCAGCUUCCACAUUUGAGUCAAUGAAUAUUUUAGCAACCAAACACUGGCAUUAUCCAUCUAUCCUAUACAGUGCACAGUGUUUCUUUCUUACAGGUGGGACAUAUUCUAGACUGAUUCCAGUUCAUGAUUUGUGAGUGGCAUGGUGGUAAAGGUAAAGGUUUCCCCUUGACAUUAAGUCCAAUCGUGUUCGACUCUGGGUGGUGGUGCUCAUCUCCAUUUCUAAGUCGAAGAGAUGGCGUUGUCCGUAGACACCUCCAAGGUCAUGUGGCUAGCAUGACUGCAGGGACCGCCGUUACCUUCCCACCCGAGCGGUUUCUAUUCAUCUACUCACAUUUGCAUGUUUUCAAACUGCUAGGUUGGCAGAAGCUGGGGCUAACAGUGGGAGGUCACCCCACUCCCCAGAUCCGAACCACCAACCUUUCAGUCAGCAAGUUCAGCAGCUCAGCGGUUUAACCUGCUGCGCCACUGGGGCUGGUGGUGCAUCACCUUAAAAAAAACAAAAACAAAACCAUACACUUUCAUGGUUUUAUCCAUAGCUACCAAUAUUAUGCUUCCUUGGAUGAAAGAUCUGUUGCCACCCACUGAAGUAACUUCACGAUGGGUGCCUCAAACUACCAUGCUUUCGAUAAAAGUGUCCAAACAAACACAAUCCUACAAUUUAAUCUGAAAUUUUAAUCUCUAAACAAUUCCUGCAAAAAGUAUUUCACAUUCCUCAGAGGCUGUGUACAAGACAACUGUGGUUAAAUCUUUUUUUAUAUACAUGUGUGUGCCAUUGCUCUUUCCAGAGAGUAAGAAAUUUAAACUCUAAACUGUGUAUAUGUAAUGUGCAAUAAGAUGUUUAGAAAACUAAUGGUUUGAAAGGGACAAGAAUGGUAAAGCUUCGAUGGACAAAUAAAACUACUAUAAUGCCAUUUAACAUUAGGAAUCAACUUUGUGCUAUAAAGCCUCCUUUGAGAGAAGGCAGGGUUAACCAUAACUGCAGUGAUUGGUAAUCUAUUUAUAGCCUUAACUCUAAAUGUGAAGUGUAUGCUAUUAUUUAGCAACUAAUGAGCUCAUCAGCAAAAAGGAAGAGCAACAGGGGGCGGGAAGUGGGAGACGUUUGAUGUGCUGCAGUCCGCCAAACUCAGUAAAGAAUGAUGAAAUUGAGUUGGACUGCUAAUUUAAUUGUCUACAAUAUAGUUUGUUUGUUUUUUGUUGUUUUUUUGCCUAAUAAACAGUUAUUAACCCCUGA